CCUAAAGUAAACUGAAACCACACAAAACCUCAUAUGUCAUAAGUUUAGAGGUAACUUGUUGCUUUUAAUGUUUUGCUGCCUUUGUUUGCGUUUUCUGUACUGUUUUAGUUCAUAUGCGACACUGAGAGUUUGGAACCAAGCUUUAAGACCAUCGGCAGGUGUUUAAUUCCGACGCUUGACUCCACUCUCGGACCGACACUUCACAAAAACAUGGCGCCCGAGACUGCUCUUACUUAAAUCCUGCGGAACUGCAGCUAUGGGGAGGGGAAGUGGCGGUGGCAUGCGGCGGGGCAGGGCCCACCGACAGCGGCGCCGACGUCGUGGCCGUCCCGUUCGAACAGGUGUCGGCGGAGUGUUCUCACUAGGCAACACAGGACACAGCACUAUCGACAAGCUGGUUCAAACAGCGAGGCUAGUAGCCCUGCUAGCGUUUGUACUGAUGGUAGUGGGAUUGUUCGUCGCGCUCCGUCAGUCUAUGAUAGGAGGGAUCGUGAUCAUCAUGACAGGUGCGAUGGUUUUUGCCGGGUUACACUGUAUCAUCUACCGGCUGAGAGCGUGGGCCCUGGCCACCAACGUGCAGCGGGAGACUAGCUGGGCUGAUGUGCUGCGGGCAAUGACAGCCGCGCCCCCUACGGACAGGUACCCAACGACCUUUGAGAUCACUUCCACGGAUCAGUCGCAGUGUAGUGUCCCAUAUGGAGUGCAAUCCUCCCCGUUGGUAGACUGCAGUCAAGCGACGCUAACACAACACCAAGGGCAUGUAGAACUACCGCCACAGUACAAUGAUGUCCCCCCGGGGCCACACUUAGGGGUACCGUCACAGCAGCUACACACAAGGCUACUACACACAAGGCUACCGGAGUACAACAUAACCCUGCCACUGUACACAGAAGCCGCCACAACCGACCCUCCCCCUUCUUACGACGAUGCAAUGAACUCUAGAACAUGACAGGAAGCAGAAAGAGGUCGAUACUGCUCCAUGCAGAAUUAAGACAUUAAUUAUGCCUGCAUUAUAAUUAUACAAUCUAUUGUUUAACUGAAUAGCAGUUAAAAAGAUUGUCCGGUGCAAAAAGGCACAUGUAAACAUACUACGCACCCACAGUGUUUCAAAUGGUAUAGCCCGAACUCUGUUCUCCGCCCGACAUAUAGAUAUGAUACAGGUGGCCUAAGUCACGCCAUUGGACGAUAGAGUUGGCAAUCUUUCCAAGGGAAAAUAACUCUCUGCUAGGUUGGAAUUAUAGUAAAGCGUUUUAGUUCUGGUGUUUCAAGUUCGUGAUAACCCCAUAUUUGUUUGAAUAAGCCCAGGAAACGCCCCCACAGUUGGGUGCUAUGGCCUGGGACCCGCUACAGGGUAACAUAACAGGUGUGUUCUCUCGCCAUUGCUCCACUCCUCUCAGCUCUAGGACAAACAUGGCGACCCUUCAACUGUGGUUCCGCUCUCAGGCCUGAACCCGUGCGAGUCAAACGUUUAUCGGUGCCGUUUGGCCGACAUGGGGAAGGGAGAGGGUGGUGGUGGGCGUCGGGGUCGGGCUCGGCGGCAUGGGCGGCGCGCACAUCACCGGGGCGGCGGCGGCGACGGGGCCGCUAUGUUCCGGGCACCCGCCACCGGGAACCCCGCACUGGACAGGCGGAUCAACAUGGCUCGCCUCAUGUCGUUUCUGGCCUUUGUCGUGAUUCUGUCGGGAGUUUACGUCUUCACGUCUUGGUCCAUGAUCUGGGGGAUCAUCAUGAUCACGGGAGCUGGACUGGUGUUCGUUAGUUUAGCGUUCUCCAUCGUGCACAUGAGGAAGACGGCGGCCGUCAACACACAACCGCAGGGCACACGGACAGGUGGCCUGCAGACCGUGACCACAACACCGCCUACCAUCGGAUAUCCACCAUCACCCAGCAGCGCCGCGCCAGUCUCAACUCAGUACGGGUUUACGGCUGGUUUGACGUACGGAGCACGGUACUCGUCAGACGGCCCGGGUCCCACUGGUAUCGUGCCACUGCCUGGCUACCCUGGACUACCACCACCGGUACCACAGCCGUACCCAGGUAUACCGUCUGGAGUACCACCACAGGACUACGUCAUGCCCCAACCACCACAGUACCCACAGGUCCCACUGACCCACCCUGCUUACCCUCCGCCCCCAUCUUAUGAGGACGUUAUGAAUCCCAAAAACUGACGAGUUCUUUUCCAGAUAUAUAUUCAGUCAUUGUUGUGACCUAAGAACUGUACUGAGGUCCGAUUUAUAUGGGGCAGAAAUUGGUUAUGAAAUGAUCACAGACUCAAAGAGUAUUAUUGUAUAUUUACAUGUACGUGUUCUUCCUCUACAUGGACCAAACUGUUGAACCUUAAUUGACAACCUUAAAUUAGUCAAGAACACACUUUUAGAGCCACAUAGUUUGCACCUAUUCGGUAUUUCUAAAACACUAGACUGGUAUAUUUUAAGGUUGACUAUCUACCGAGCUAGAUACUAUGCAGGUAUGAAACCUAUUGCCACCAUAAGGUCACUACUGUCACACUAUGAUGAGUGAUUGAUUUUUUUUCAUUAAAACGCAUUAAUAUACCUCUGGACUGUGUAUUAAAAUUGAUGUUGUGGUACAUCUAGAUAUCUACCGUAAACAACCCCAUUCGUUAGUCAGCCAACUAUGCAAACUUAGGCCACUUUCUUGCACAAUAGAGUUUGUUUAAACGUCUUGUUUACAUUACCUUUUAUUGUUUGCUUUGCGUAUGCAGUCUGCUGUACCAACAAGUUAUACUGAUAUGGGAAACAGAAGGUUACCUAUAAAACACCGACGUGUCAAGCAAAACAGUACAAUACUCGUGAACGCAACAGUCAUCUGAGAUGUAUGAAGAAUAUCGAAAAUAUCGAAAAGAAUGUUUAUGACUAGAAGCACAAUAUGAAACAAAUGUAAGAUAUUAUAGUUGUAUGUUGCCUG